GGAUCUCUGGUAAUUAAGCACAAAAAGUUGCAAUUGCAAAUAGUGUAUUUGCUAUUUGUUACAAUGGGGAACAUCAGAGGUGAUCUUUAUUUUAUGAAUACCAAACAGGCAAUUAUUUCUAAAGGUUAAAUAAUUAAGUUGUCCAUAGAUUUCAAAGAAGGAAUAGCAAGCAAAACACGUACGCCUCAGGCUCCAGGUGUGCCUAUGGGGUUCAUGACAAAAAGAAAAUAUUUUUUGUAAAUAUUUGAGCAGUCAAAGGGAUUGCACAACUGGGCGAUUAGCGUUUCUGUUUCUGUGAGGGGAUAUAUAAAGAGAGAGGGAGGAAGCAAUUUCUCAACUACACCAACAUGACGGCAACACGGCUGGUCACAGUUGCUUUGAUGCUCUUGCUACAGCUCCAUCUUGGCUGGGGCCACAAGUAUGUGUGCUAUUACAACAGCUGGUCUCAGUACCGUCCAGACAAGGGGAGGUUUGGGCCUGAAAAUGUGGACCCGUCCAUCUGCACCCAUAUCAUCUAUUCCAUCGCAACCUUUAAUGACAGCCUGGUACUGACGACAUACGAGAAUAAUGAUGAGACAGCCUACAAAAAAAUCAACGCUCUGAAACUCAAAAACACUGGACUGAAGACCCUGAUUUCUGUAGGAGGAUGGAACUUUGGUGUAAAACUCUUCUCAAAAAUGGUCUCCACCUCAGAUAAUCGAGCCACCUUCAUCAACUCGGUCAUAGCCUUCCUCAAGAAGUACGGGUUUGAUGGGCUUGACGUUGACUGGGAGUUCCCAAACACGAACGAGAGUCCUGCUGGAGACAAACAGCGCUUCACUCUGCUUCUAAAUGAGCUGCGUUCUGCCUUCACGAAGGAGGCACAGGAUUCCAGCAAGCCUUCCUUCCUGAUCUCUGUGGCAGUGUCUGGAGAGAAAGCCAUCAUUGACAACUCCUAUGAGGUGGACAAGUUCCCCCAGUAUGUGGAUUUUAUCAGUGUGAUGGCCUAUGAUUUACAUGGUGUUUGGAUGAUGGUCACUGGCCACCACAGUCCGCUCUAUGCACCGGCAGACAAACCUGACAGCCAAGCAACUGUGGAAUUUGGCAUUAAAUACUGGUUGGCUCUCAAAGCACCAGCGAACAAGCUGCUCCUGGGCUUCCCGACCUAUGGCCGAUGCUUCACUCUUGCUGACCCGGCCAAAAAUGGCGUGGGUGCAACCAUCACUGGAACAGGAAAACCAGGAAUCUAUACCAAAGAGGCUGGAUUCUGGUCCUACUAUGAGGUCUGCUCUGAGCUUAGUGCUGGGGCCACUUCUCUCUGGCUGGCAGACCAGAAGGUGCCCUUUGUCUUCAAAGACAACCAGUGGAUUGGCUAUGAUGAUGAGAAAAGCUUUCAUUGGAAAGUUGAGUGGAUGAAGAGCAAAGGGCUGGGUGGAGUUAUGAUCUAUUCAAUGGAUCUGGAUGAUUUCAGUGGAGAGUUCUGUGGCAAUGGCACCUACCCCCUCAUGAAGAAACUGAGAAGCUACCUGAAUAUCACAAGCGCAGAUAUCGUUCUUAAACCAGAAACAAGCGCCACUACCCAAAAGAUUCCUUUAGAAGCCAUCUCCUCCACCAUUUCCUCCAGGAUACUUCUAACACGACUGAUUUAUGUAUCUAUUUUUGUAUUUGUUUGUUUAUUUUAAGGGGAAAAUGGUUGCUUCCUGCAGUAAAAACCAAUUAAUUGGAAAACAGAAAACUGCCAACUUGAAUGUCCCUGAAAGCGACUAAUUAGAAAGUUUAAUCACAUUGAAAGAUAUGGAACUUUGUUUUAAUACUGAACAUUUUUAUUCCAAAUGUAUUUUAUUACAUUAUUCUUGUACAUUUAUUGACACAAAUGUGGGUAACACUUUACAUUCAGUGUCUCUAAUGACUAUGUAUUACCAAUAGUAAUUACUUACUAAAUACAUGUGUACUUACACAUAAUUACAAUGUUAUUAUGCAUAUGGCAGGCCAAAUGAUCAUUUAGAGAUAUCUCAAAUUUAUAGAUAUCCCUAAAAUAUUUUAAGAUGUCUCUAAAUCAUUUCCUGAUAUCUCUAAAUAUUUGAAGAUAUCUUCAAAUAUUUAAAAGAUAUCUCUAAAUCAAAGAAAUACAUUUAGAGGAUAUCCAGUUAAAGAUAUCUCCUAAAUCAAUUUGAGAUAUCUUUAUUUUUAGAGAUCUCAAAAUGAAAUUGAAAUAUCUUCAAAAGGGUUUAUUUACCUCAUAUUAAUUUAAAUACAUCUGCAAGUGAUUUACAGCUAUCUCUAAAUAUUUCAAGAUAUCUUAAAAUGCAAUUUGAGAUAUCUCUAAAUUGAUAAUUUGGCUUGCCAUAUGUGCAUCAUUUUGUAUGAUAUAACCCUAUCCCCAACCCUAACCCUAACUCUAACAAUUGUGUUCUUACAUAUAUUGUGUAAAAAGAUUUACAUGUUAAGUGCUAUGCAUAAUAACAUUAUAAUUAAGUAACUACUAUGUAAAUACAGUUAUUAGAGACACCUCAUGUAAAGUUUUACCCAUAACUGCAUGCCACCUAACCAAUCAAUAAUCAACUUUAUAACAGCACAGCAUCAGAAAGUGCAUUAUAUACCCCACAUCCUCUCAUAGCCACAGCUGUAUAUUUUGGCUGGGUCUAUUUUUGUAUAUUUCCUUCCUGAUGCAUUUGAUCAAACAUUUUAAAAAGUUAUGCAAUGAAAACAACAGGAAGAAGUACCGUUCAGUGGCAAAAUUAUUUUAGGGGUUACAGAACCCAGAACAGUGGCACCGGGCAAACAGAAACAGCAGCUUGGUAUUUUAAUGUAGAGAAAAGCACAAAGACUAGAAUUUGAUGUAAAUUUUUUGAAUAAAAAAUGUGUAUUAUUUGGACUGAAGCUAUAUAUAUAUAUAUAUAUAUAUAUAUAGAUAGAUAGAUAGAUAGAUAGAUAGAUAGAUAGAUAUAUACGUUGAAGAAGAAAAAAUCCUACAAUUGGAAAGUGAUUAGAAAUUCACGCUAGUUAAUUAUAAACAAUAAACACUUUCUUAAAAACAAAUGUAACAAAGCAAUAUUUCUUCUAUAUCACACUAGAAGCAUGUCUAUGCAUGUCUGUACUAUAAUAACUUAUAUAACUUAUAUAAGUAUUAUAAUAAAAUAUCUUAGCUUUGGUUCUCAGUUCUUUUGCCCAAAUUGCACAUAUAUAUACACAAAAAUAUAAAUUUCAAGCAAAUUCAGAGUGUAAAGGUGUAUAUCUUUAAUGUAUAGAUGAGUCUUCUCUACUGCUGUGACCAGUCCAUAGCAUUAUAAGCAUACUGGGGUUGGAAGUCUCACUGUGGCCUAAACCUGCUGAACUGCUGAGAUGUCAUCAAUUGGUAACACUCUCAUUACUGUGGAUUUAGAUAUUCGUUACUUAGUAAAAACAUGUGUACUUACACAUAAUUACAAUGGUAUUAUAAACAGUUACAAUGUUCUUAAUGUGUAAAUCUUUGUGCACAACAUAUGUACACAAUUGUAUCAGAAAAGGGUUAGUGUUAGAGUUAGGGUUAGGGAUAGGGUUUGCGGUUAGGGUAAGGAUUGGGGUUAUAUCAUGCAACAAAAAAACACAUUAAGUUCAUUGUAACAAUGCAUAAUAACUUUGUAACUAUGUGUGAGUACACAUGUAUUUACUAAGUAACUACCAUGUAAAUACCCAGUAAUUAGAGAUACUUCAUGUAAAGUGUUACCCAUCAAUUUGCACCCCAGCUUUCUGUGCAAAAACACACAUUUUUAACACUUUUCAACAACAGAGUUUCCAUUCUUUCUUAGGGUUUUGUUGAAAAAAAAAAAUCUCAUAAGCUUGUAGGGUCUCUUUAGUCUUGGAAAUGCAUCCUUAAACUUUUUUUUUUUGAUUCAUGUAUUCUGUGGUGAUCAAGGGAAACAAGAAGAGGAAAGGAGAUUGUGUUUUUAUUUCAGGAUUUGUUUAUAUUUUCAAUGGCUAUAAGGGGUCUUGUACUGUCUUCUAGCAGGUUAUUGAUUUGUCUGCUAGACGCAGGAACAUCCAUGGCUUCAGCAUUAUCUACAUGUAACCUUAACGUAACUAACUGGUGUUUUGCUAUCCACUGUAGAAUGGGGUUCAGGUCUGGGUUUGGAAUAUGCUAUUUUGUAUUUGUUUUUUAAAAGCAGUAAUAAAGUUCACAAUUGUAUUUGUCAACAGAAAACAAGCUUUCAUAAAAUAAGCUGUGGAUUAAAAAACAUCUUUAGUCCUGAAAUUAUAUUUAGAUGUCCUUGUCAAUGUCUUUGCUGUGUGAAUAAAUAUUUGUCUUUUCUUA